AUGCGCGGACUGAAGAAGCGCAAAAGUAGUGAAUUCACCCAGCGCCAAGCGACACCAAUUUCGUUGGAUAUGCUCCGAGCACUCCACUCCCACUUGGAGAGCGCCCCCGGGCUCACGGAGGCAAGUCGUUUGUGGUUCCUCGCUAACGUUACAUUAGGCAUUGUGCGACCGAGCACCUCCGACCCCGAAGUUUCGAUUAGCUAUGGCAGUCCGCUGGAUGUACUUACUCAUCUGACGACAUGGCUGACGUACGUCGAAACAAAAACCGAUCACAAGUGGGACGACGACGACUACAUUUUCCCUGCGCUAUCGAAAAUAUCGAAGAGUGUUAUCAAGACAGACGCUGUAUAUACAUGUUGCGAGAAUGUACGGGUCGAGUGGGGUAAGGAGAUUGGCGAUAUAUCUGGUUCACUUCUAACACAUUCCGCCGCGCUGGCACCCAGUACAUAUUUAUGCUCGCGCCGCCUGAACGACGAUGGUCACUUCGCAUGGUAA